AAAACUGCAAAGUUUGAUCAACCCAAGUAGCAUUUCUUCCUUGUAUUCUCAAAGUGGAGAACAUUUGAAACCCCUUCUCGCAAACAACCAGCUGCUCCAAUUAGAUUAUAACUGAACUUUUGCGCCAUAUUUCAGACAUGAACAUCUCACUUCAGGAGCUUAUUCUUAUGCCAAUCAGCUCAGCAACCUACAGAGUGGAUAGGCCACAGAAGAGAUGCUUACCUGAUCCUGCUAGUCAAUACCAUAUUCCAUCACUCAAAAGUAGUGCAGAUUCAGUGCUUAAUAGGAAGAACAAGCUUGGUAAAAAGGGAGACAGUUUUGUGCAUGGAUUCCGAGAGCAUGUGAGACAUGGGCCCAAGAUCUCCGAAACUGUGAAAGGGAAGUUGAGCUUGGGGGCUAGAAUUCUUAAAGUAGGUGGUGUGAAUAGAGUCUUUAAGCGCUUCUUCAGUGUUAAAGAAGGAGAGAAAAUGUUGAAGGCUUCCCAAUGCUAUUUAUCAACCACUGCGGGUCCUAUUGCUGGCCUCCUCUUUAUCUCCACUGAAAAGGUUGCAUUCUGCAGUGAGAGAUCAAUGAAAAUCUCUUCUCCAGAUGGAGAGAUGAUAAGAAUCCAUUACAAGGUCUUGAUUCCACUGAGGAAGAUAGAGAGAGUUGAUCAAAGUGAGAAUGUCAAGAAGCCUUCAGAAAAGUACAUGGAAAUAGUUACAGUAGACAAUUUUGACUUUUGGUUUAUGGGUUUCUUAAAUUAUAAGAAAGCUUUCAAGCAUCUGCAGGAAGCAAUUUCACAAGCUUAGAGGAAUUACUAGUCACUCGGGAAGCAGAAAUGUUCAUUCCCAUCUGCUUCAGAGAUAUAUAUUUAUGUACAGCUAGGAAAACUUCAAAUGAAAUUUCGGGCAUUGUUUUAAAUUUUGUGGUGAUAAAAUGCUGUCUCUGACUCUUCACAACCAUCGGCUUAACAAUUAAAGAGACAAAAAUCAGUUUAUGCUGUGGUCACUCAUGUCAAUUUUGUGAAUUAAUCCUUUUGUUUUUCAUCAAUUUAUGAUGACAAUGAAGACUGAAUCCGUUUUUGCCC